UAUAAUAUAUAUGGCAUGCAUGGCAUCUGUAGCUGUAAGAAACUAGCUCUUUGGAUUUUCAAUAUCCCUUGCAUUCAUUUGUCUUCUCUUCAACCACUUCUUUCAGCUCUUUUGUUCUUAUUGGGAAUCGGCCAGAAAAAAAAAAUUACAAAAUUCAAACAAAAACAAAUUGGUGACAGCCGUUUCGGGUCUUCCUCUUUUCAAUUAAUUUUAGCCAUUUCUUUUCUGCUUCACUCGAUUGUGAAAGAGGAAAAAGCUUUACGAUGGCGGUAACGGGAAGAAUGAAGAAAUGGUCGGGGUGGUCACAGUCACAGAUGUUAGCCGCCAUGUUGGCGGUGCAGCUGUUUGCAACCGGUCAGCAAUUGCUUUCCAAAGUCGUACUGAGUCAAGGAUCUUUUAUAUUCGCACUCAUGGCUUACCGGCAUUUGGUUGCUGCUCUUUGUGUUGCUCCUUUAGCUUUCUUCCUCGAAAGAGAAAAUUCAAAGAAGAUGGAGUGGUCGACUUGGUUGUGGCUAUUCAUCAACGCCUUCACAGGGAUAACAGCCGCCAUGGGACUCUUCUAUUGUGGACUUCGAGAUACUACAGCCACAUAUUCUUCAAACUUCCUCAACAUAAUUCCCAUUGUCACUUUUGUUUUCUCCAUCAUUUUCCGAAUUGAGAAGCUUGGAUUAGGCAGCAAAGGUGGCAAAAUCAAGACUGCGGGUGCAAUUUUGUGCGUGGGAGGAGCACUGGCAGCUAGUCUGUAUAAAGGAAAAGUGUUUCAUCUCGCUGAUGCUCACCAUUUUCACAGACCUGCAGUCAUGGAGGUUUCUAAGUCUCAAUGGACUCGUGGAACUUUCAUGCUUGUCGGUAGUUGCGUCUGCUACGCUAGUUGGUAUAUAUUGCAGGUGAAGUUGCUCAAAGUUUUCCCAUGGAAAUACAGGGCAACGCUGCUAACAUGCAUCAUUGCGUCCAUACAAUCAGCAGUAAUAGGGCUAUGCUUAAACAGGAGCAAGGCAGCCUGGAGAUUGGAGUGGAAUUUGCAGCUGAUUACAAUAGUUUACUCGGGUGCAUUGAGUACGGCAGCAACAUUCUGCUUACUUACAUGGUCGAUAGCUAAGCGAGGCCCGACUUAUGCCCCAAUGUUCAAUCCUCUGGCCCUAGUUUUCGUUGCCAUAUCAGAAGCUUUAGUGCUUGGUGAACAGAUAAGGCUCGGAAUAGUGCUUGGAACGGUUCUGAUAAUAGUUGGGUUAUACUCAUUUCUGUGGGGGAAAAGGAAGGAACUGAAGUGCUUGCCUUUGUCAAACGAGGGAGUUGAUGAAAUGGCCACAGCAGUCCCUGAAUCUGUCGAGUUGAAGAGCUUGGCACCUGUUUAAAGCGUUUACGCCGUGGAAGGAGAAGCUCCACAAAAUCCAGUAGGAACUCAUUUUUGUUAGGGUCUGUCUAUUUACUUGGAAAUUACUGUAAGUUGGAAAAUAAAUUCAAUGCUUCUCCAAAGUUCUCUGUUUCCGCUAGAAAAUCAUCGUAUACAUGUGGAAAUUGAAAAUUACAUUUCAGAACA